AUGGCGAUCACGUUGAGUGCACCGAGUAAAGCCGGCAGUGGCCAGAACGCUGUAGCAUGCAUUUUGUACCGACAACAUCAUCACAUAACACAGUCAACAUCAGAUGACAGGAAGUUGCAUAAGGCCUACACCAGCAUCAUGUCGCCGUCGACUUCGAGGAGUUAUUUGAUUCAAGAAAAGCAACAGCGCGAUGCGAGUACUAAGCUUCACGUGAUAAUUGUGGGAGCGGGUCUAGGUGGCCUAGGCGCCGCCAUCUCGACGCUGCUGGCUGGACACGAUGUCACGGUUCUAGAGGCCGCCUCAAAUAUCGGCGAGGUCGGUGCGGGCAUCCAAGUCCUCCCGAACGCCGCCCGCGUCCUAUUCUCCUGGGGCUUGGAGGAGAAGCUGGAAAAGUACGCCACAAAGCCCCAGAAAUGCAACUUCAUCGGCUGGAAAGGCAACUUCCUGUCCGAAAUGGAUUAUCACCAGUACGCCGCGGCGGCGGGAGAUUUCCCCUUCUGGGAUUUUCAUCGCUCCGACCUGCAUCGGUGUCUCCUCGAGCGCGCAGUAGAGCUUGGCGCGAAGCUCGAGACGAAUGCAAAGGUCGAUACUUUUACAAUCUCACCGGAUGACACGACGGCUACGGUGUACCUCGUUGGCGGACGCAGCCUGACGUGCGACCUUCUCGUUGGCGCGGACGGCAUCAACUCCAAGCUGAGGGAGGAGUUCCUAUGCAAGCCUGAUCCACCUCAGCUGACAGGGGACCUGGCAUAUCGACUGCUUUUGAACACGGCCGACAUGCUCAAGGACCCCGAAUUGAGGCACUUUGUGGAGAACCCCCAAGUCAACUACUGGGUUGGACCGGACAAGCACGCGGUGAACUAUGUUCUCAAGGGCGGUCAGCUCUUCAACAUGGUGUUGCUGGUGCCGGACGACAUGCCCGUCGACGGCGGCAACACCCUGCAGGGAAACAUUGAGGAGAUGCGGGGCCAUUUUGCAGGCUGGGAUCCCCGCAUCGGCAAGAUGCUCCAGAUGUGCGAUGAGGUUCUCAAAUGGAGACUGUGCAUCCGGCCAGGCCUGGAACCAACGUGGUCCCAUCCGUCUGGCGCCUUCACGAUGCUCGGAGACGCCGUGCACGCGACGCUGCCUUACCUGGCCAGCGGGGCGGGUAUGGCGCUCGAGGACGGAGGGGUUCUGGGUCUCUGCCUCGCUCGACUGACCGACACUUCAGCCGCAUCAAAGCGACAGGCCCUAAAGGUCUACGAGGACUGCCGACGGGAGCGGACGGAGAGGGUCGUCCGCCGCGGAACAUACAACCAGUGGAUCUAUCACCUCCACGACGGGCCAGAGCAGGUUGAGCGAGAUGCGAAGUUCAAGGAGUUUGAGGAGAUGGACGCGAAGUGGCUGAGCGGGGAUUCAGCCGUGUUACCCGCAUCUCAGGAGACAGGAGAUGACCCCUUUCCGUGGAGGUAUCAUGGCGUAGGGAGGUGGUUAUUGACAUACGACAUGUGGAAGGAUAUCGAAUCGAAAUGGCCCUCCGACUCGGCCGGCACAUCGGCAAAAGGAGGAAACCCAACCCCUCGGGCAACACACUCGCGAGAACGUCAAAACGGUAUCGCCCUGCGUGAGGGCGUGCAGGUAUUGGCAGUCCCGAGGAUUUGGUUCGUUACCAAGGAUACAAACAACUCAAUCCAGCCAGCUGGGCCAGCUGAAGCAGCUGAGCAUUAUAUUGACUCUAGCACAGUGGAGAAGGAUGCCGCCGCGUUUCCCAUCCCAUGUCCAUGUCUGAGGGCUAAUAUCCUCGGAGCCCUCGAGGACUUCAACACCACCAGAAUGGAAGAGCCGCUUCUGUCCAGAGGAAAACUUGGGAACAUCAACAUGCGCGUGGCACUCACGAUAGGUGACGAGGAGUCCAGAACCAUGGGCUCGCCCACGUGGAGGCUUGCCCACGAGGCAGAUUCACGGCGGCCGCUUGUUGUCAUUUUGCUGAAUCGUGAGCUGAAGCAUCCUGAAUACAUAAGUCUGCGAUCUUCCUCCCCAUCUCCCGAUUCAGAUCUUCUUAUCCAUCCUCAUCAUCUCAGAAGCUCCCGAACAUCCUCAGCUUCCUCAACCGGGUCAUCAAUACUUCCUUCAGUCUCGCCACGUGCUCUAGACACCUGCCAAUACUUCAAGAUGCGUUCCGCUAUCCUCGUCGCCGCCAUCUCUGGCCUUGCUGCCGCCGGCCCUGUCGCUCCCCGUGACACUACUGCCCAGAACGGUAUUGAUCUGAGUGCUUUCGAUGCUGAGCCUGUUCCUACCAAGGUUGGCCCCGCUGUCGGUGCCACCGUCGAGACUCCCACCUACGACCCGGCGGUCGCCAAGGCUGAGGCCUCAAAGGAUGCCGCGGCCAACCCCAUUGCCGUCUCCAACUCCACCCUGGCCGCCCGUACGGUUACUCCCGCCGGCUGCGGAGCCAAGCAGCCCGACGGCUACGGACCCGUGUCCAGCCCGGAUGACUAUGCCACCUUCAUGAACGACCCUCAGUUCACUACCAUUGCCACCAAUGCUCAGGUGCCUGCCGGCUACAGCCUGUCGUUCUCCAACAAGCAGGGCGCCACCGAGUGCAAUACCUACUUGGGUCUCUACACCAUGAAGACCUUUGACACUAUCAAGUGCCAGCAGUACUGCGAUGCCGCUCCUGCAUGCUACGGUAUCAACGUCUACAUGGAGAGAGACCCCAAGUGGGACCCUACCGAUGCGUGCCCCAACCCUGCCAGCAUCACCAACUACAAGUGCACCCUCUGGGGUUCCGCCGUCACCGCGGAGACCGCCACCAAUGUUGGACAGUGGAGAAACCAGUUCCACGUCGGUGUGACUGGAUCGAACGGAUACUCCAAGCUUGCGCCUCCCCCUUCUUACGCCGACUUCACCGGCCCUGUUGCCUUCGGCGGCGCCACCCAGGCCCCCAAGUCAUACAUGGGAUCCAAGUACUACCCCGGUGUCUACAACCCUGAGCAGUGCGCCGUCGCCUGCAAGGCCAACACCAAGUACGACCACGACCACCCCAGAGCUGACGGCACCUACGAUGCCUGCAACUUCUUCAACGCCUACGUCCUCAGUAAGAACAACGUUCCCCAGGGAACUUACUGCUCCCUGUACACCCAGUCCUGGGACAAGUCCUACAGCACCAACGUCGGACAGUGGAGAGGCAGCGACUACUACUCCGUCUCCUCCAGCUACGGAUAUACUCUUACUGUCCAGGACGCUGGAAAGAUCUAA